UAAUUGCAUUAGUUACUCCACUUUUAUUACCAAUCAGGAAAAUUGUUUCAGCUUCCUUCUCUCUCGUGGCUAUGGCGGACAAGGACAAGGGCGAAGAAUCUCUUGUGUAGCUAGGGUUUCCACGCCCAGGCGCCUGUUCACGCGAAGAUUUCAAAGCCGCGCAAGUGGAAGCAGCGGCUGAAUUCGUCGUCGGCAGCAGCAGCGGCGCUAGACGGCGCAUCGGUCGAUCAUCGCGGGAUUCGCUCAAUCAGGUUUCGCUCAUCCUUCUCUCGCCCGCUCCUCGCGGAGACUGUGCGUGGAAACUUUGUGUGCCUGGAGCUCGUGAUGUCAGCGUGAGGUAGCAAAUGUGAUGGCUUGGGGGAGGGAUUUGAAGUCAAAAGGGUGUCAAUCGCUAGCGAUUUCUCCCAUCGGCAGGGAGCUGGGAUGAAGAACACUGGGCCGCGAGAAUUAUGAGACCAAGAACUUCCAAAGGAGGACAUGGAAUUGCGAAGUUCUUGACUUUGGAUUCCUGGGGAGCAACAGUACAUGGAGCAAUUGCUGGGCGCCAUUUGUAGGGACUCCAAAAUCGGCUCUGGAGUUUAUGAUUCCGCCUCCUUGAGUCAACAAGACUCCACCGUCUUGAACCAGUCAGCCGCUUUUAUCACCACUGUCGUAGAUUGUUCAAGCAAGGUUACAUCGGUGGCCUCGCACUUGCACCGAUCGGAAGACGCUCUCAUGGCCGAUAGCAGUCCGCAGAAGGGAAAUUCUACCGACGAUGGCGAUCAAAAAUCCGAGGAUGGACCAUUAACUCCAUCGUCCACCAAAAACCUCGACUCAAAGACACUUCGACGUCUUGCACAGAACCGCGAGGCCGCACGGAAAAGCCGCUUGAGGAAAAAGGCUUAUGUACAGCAACUGGAAUCCAGCAGGGUGAAGCUAAAUCAACUCGAGCAAGAGCUGCAACGAGCCAGGCAACAGGGAUUCUAUCUUGGAGGGUAUUCAAACGAUCAGAGUCAUGCGGCGGCGAGCAGCGGUGCUGCUGCGUUCGACAUGGAGUACGGGCGGUGGCUGGAGGAGCAACAGCGACAAAUGACCGAACUACGAACGUCAUUGCAAGCUCAUGUCUCGGACGAUGAGUUGCGGGUCCUGGUUGACGCCGCCAUGUCCCACUACGACGAGAUAUUUCGGCUGAAAACAGCUGCUGCGAAGUCGGAUGUCUUCCAUCUAGUCUCCGGUAUGUGGAAGACCCCUGCCGAGAGGUGCUUCAUGUGGAUGGGUGGAUUCCGGCCUUCAGAACUUCUAAAGAUACUUAUACCUCAGCUUGAACCCCUUACAGAACAGCAGCUCAUGGGGAUUUGUAAUCUACAACAGUCGUCGCAGCAGGCCGAGGAUGCUCUCUCCCAGGGGAUGGAGGCACUGCAGCAGUCACUCGCGGACACCCUGGCGACUGGCUCCUUGGGCGCUGCGUCGAAUGUCGCCAACUAUAUGGGACAAAUGGCGAUGGCGAUGGGAAAGCUGGGAACGCUCGAGAACUUUGUUCGCCAGGCUGAUAACCUUCGGCAUCAAACGCUCCAGCAAAUGCACAGGAUAUUGACGACUCGUCAAGCGGCGAGAGCCUUUCUAGCGAUUGGAGACUACUUUGGACGAUUGAGAGCGCUGAGCUCAUUGUGGGCUGCCAGGCCACGAGAAUAAGUCCCGAGUAGGAGGUAGGCUUACGCAAAUUCUUACGCUUUUUCCUUUUCUUGUGCCUGUACAAUCGGUAGUGGAGCAGCCUAGCGAUAGCAGUAGACAACUCUUUCCAUAUUAUAAUCCUUCCAUGUAAAUAUAAGGUAUGCUUAAGUUUCUCUCCUAUUAUAAUUUUCAGCUCUUUAGAAACUUCA